GGCGGUCGCGUGAGCGGCGGCAGGGUCACGUGACGCGGCAGGCCGGCUUCCCAAGAUGGCGGUGUGCGUGGCGGUGAUCGCCAAGGAGAAUUACCCUCUCUACAUCCGCAGUGUCCCCACAGAGAACGAGCUGAAGUUCCACUAUAUGGUGCACACGUCCCUGGACGUGGUGGACGAGAAGAUCUCGGCCAUGGGGAAGGCCCUGGUGGACCAGAGGGAGCUCUACCUGGGCCUGCUGUACCCCACAGAGGACUACAAGGUCUACGGCUACGUGACCAAUUCCAGGGUGAAGUUCGUCAUGGUGGUGGAUUCCUCCAACACGGCGCUCCGUGACAACGAGAUCCGCAGUAUGUUCCGGAAGCUGCACAACUCCUACACAGACGUGAUGUGCAACCCCUUCUACAAUCCAGGGGACCGCAUUCAGUCCAGGACCUUUGACAGCAUGGUGACCUCUAUGAUGAUACAGGUCUGCUGAGCGAGAACUCUGUUGCCCGUCGUCUGGAGGAGAAGCCUUCUGUACAUAACUGUAGUGUUUAGACGUGUAUUUAUUAUUAUCCGCCUCUUGCCGAGUGUCCCGGAUAUGCUGCUGGGGGCAAGGCCUCGAGCAGCGUGCCAACUAAAGGUCUUGUGAGAUCAGAUGUGGCGUUUUCCGUCUGUGUCAGCAGAGGGUCUGGCUAAAGAGAGUCUAACACAGGACUUUUGGGGGACGGGGGCAGAGGUCCGGUACCAGACAGAGCGGGGAGCUGUUGUGCCCAGUAGGCACG